CAAAAGAGAGUUUCUUGAAAGGGAAAGUUGCACUAACAGCAGCACAACGCCCCUGCCCGCAGAGACCUGAAGCGCACAGCCGCGGUGCUCGUACCAUCGCUGAUCCGAAAGCAGGGCUAUUUUGAUCCAUGCAGUAAUAAAAGCUCUAUCCACUACUGAAGCAGCAAUGGCAUUUAUAUUCUACAAAAACUGGAUAUGAAGACUACAAAAAAAGUGCAAACCAUCAGACUGGAUGAAACCCCAAAUGAACAGUUCAUUUUCAGAUGAAUUAGGCUGUACCACAGAUGCAACUGAUGAGGAACAAGAUGACUUACCUUAUGAUGGAGAUGUAGGCAUAACCUGUAAAUACAAUAAUGAUUCAGAUAAUUUGAAGGACUGUACUUGUACAAAAUGUAUUUCUGGUAUUUUAAAUUUAGCCUGUUCCAAAGAUAACAAAACCAUGAAAGCAACAGCAAAUUAUGAAACUCAUCCACAGCCUGAAGAAUUCUCCAAUCAACACAGAAAUGCCAUAGGAACAACAGGAAUUUCAGCCGAAAUGCCUGAAAGUGAAGUUGCCUUUAAGAAGGAAUUACCUGUUGCUAGUUUUAGUAACCUAGAUAUCAAAGAACAUCCAACUCACUCAAAAAUGUCUGAUGUCCUUUUGCGUCACUUUCCUAAGGGAGAGUUAGUAAGCACGUGCCCUUUAAUUGAAUGCGAGACAAUACCAGAGACAUCCUUUACUGAAAGUAUCGAUGACACUGCAAACAAACCUGAGCCUCCAGAACAUGUCAGAUGGUCUUUAGUGCAUGAACAAUGGGCAACUAACUUUGAAGAAUAUCACUUAGAAAAGCACAAGGAAGUAAACAUGAGUGAUAAAAAUCAACAUCUGCUGAACAAAAACAGAUGUGUUUCAAAUAAACCUAUUUAUUUUACUGCUAAGUGUGGGUGCAGACAAGAAAAUUCACAAUUGAUUAAGGAGAAUGAAGAUUCACACGUCUUUCAAAACAUGAAAGAAGGGAGUGCCCUCUUACAGAAAACAGUUUCACCUCACAAGCUCAAAUAUGGCCAAGGUCAAGCUCACUACUGCCUUCCCGACUUCUCUGAAGUUGUUUCCGAAGUUGAACUACCAAAAAUAAGUGACAAUAUUAACUCAGUUCCUCCAAGUGAAAGAGCAAAAUCCUUCCCUAUUUUAAGUAAGUCAGUAAUUGUGAACAACAUUAUAGAAAAUAAGCACUAUCUCAAUUCUGCUGAAGUAGAGAAUCAAGAAGAAAUGAGCAUUCCAGAACUGUUGCAACAGCUAGAGAUGCUGACACAGCAUGCUGACAUCCAGAAUCAUACUGACCAUCUGAGAUUAAAUCCUAAGCCGAUACUUCCUCAGUCACAUUUUCCAGACGCCAGCAUUGCCAUUUACUCGGGAGACAUGGGGACAUCCUCUGAAGUCUUUACAUUACGUGCUCCUAUCCCUAUACAAUCUAUACAAGGUUUGCAGUGUGGAACAGCAGCAUCAGCAUUACCAGCAGCUGGUACAGAAGCAGCAAACUGCCUAAAUCCAUCUAAUUUACUGCCAGAACUAACACUAGGAGAAAAGAUGUCUCAAAUACUAAAGGAUCAGACAGAUCAACUGAUAAAGAAAGUGGAAGACUUCUCUAAGCAUAUGGCUCAAGAUACAUUCCUUUUUCAAGAUAACUAUCUGGUGUUAAAUCAAUUGAAAAGAUACCUUGAUGCCUUGGAAAGGAAUUAUUUAACAGCUAGAAAAGAGCACCGUAAUUUACAGCUGCAGAACUACAAGAACAAGUAUAUCAACGUUGGAGAAUUUGAUCCUGAAAGAAAGGUGGAAGGGGAAAUAUUUAGACUUGGCAUGUUGCUUGAAGACAUCCAAGAAGAAACCGAUGCCAGCAAAUGCAACUUGUCUUCUUUGCGUACCUCCUAUGAAUCUGCUCAUUCAUCAUACUCUCUUUGUGAGAGCUCAGUAGUUUCAAGCAUUGCUGAUCCUCCAGAAAGAAGACAUACUGAAACUGCGUUUCUUCACAAGAACAGUGAGGGAGAAAAGAGUCAGACAACUGAUGUAACCCCACAGACAAAUCAGUUUUCUUUAGAAGACAAGUACAAUCUUUGUCUUAACAUGUUACAAAAGAGAGCUGAAUCAACUUCCAGAAGAGAAACAGAGCCUCUCGGAAAAGGAGGUCUGCUAACAAACAAGCAUUCUUCCAACAUGAUGGGAUUCCUUUCAUCUGAGGAAAAAUAUGCUGCUGAAGGUCUUGCAUCCCGUAGUCAGGGUACCUUAAGUCAAAAAUUUAAUGUUGAUGAAGAAAGUAUGAAAGGAGAUACAAGCAGUCAGGAAAGGAACACUGGAACGUCUUCACUCUUCAUUCAGAGAAAACCAACUGAUUUAUCAGACACCAACCACAGCAGCGAUUCAGAAGACAUCUCAGCCUAUGAUUCUUAUGACGAUUUGCAAAGCAAGGAACUUGUGAACUCUAAGACUGAAUGUUACAAAACAUUCAACACAAGAUUAUGUGGAGAGAGAAAAGGACUUCGAUGCAGAUGCCCUAGAGGAAGCAGAGAUCAAUGUAAACCCAGAAAUCACAAAGAGUGUCUUCAGCCUUGUGCCCUAUGUAGAAAUAAAAGGUCUGGUUCAUCCUCUUAUUCACAGAAGAGAAUCUCCACUCAGAAACCUCAAAGAAAUAAAGAGCCACAUGAACUUGUAAACAGACUUUCUGAAAGGCAAAACUCUGAGGCUGCCAAAACCUGCUAUUCAAGCCCGUAUGAUAAAAUUACCCUUUCACGUCAAUACUUACCCAGCAAGAAGUCUGCCCAAAGAAAAUCUGCAAUCAACACCAGAAACAGAAAUACUAAUGAUUCCAAUGCAAAUAUUUUAAGUUCUACUCUGGAUCAUGCCAUACAGACAGCAAACAGUUUGAAGAAAGCUACAGAACGAAUGGUACGAGCUGUUUCAGAAGAUCUAGCUAAAGUUAAAAGAAAACAGCUUUAACUACCUAGUUUCAAAUGCUGUAUUGUUUUGCUGGUUGACACUGAAGUGUCAGUAUCUCUGGAAAUAAAAAGUGAUUGAAUACAAAGACCAGAAGUCAGCUA